AUGUUACAAUAGAAAAGAAAGAAAUUAAGAAUAACCAAGAAUUUAGAGCCACUGAUAUAAGAAUUAAAAGAAUUUAGAGCAGACGUAUAUUUAAUUUUCUAUCUAGUAACCAGAAACAUAAUUAACAUAUGAAGAAUUAGAAAACUUUUUGCAAACCUUUAAUAAAUUGACAAGUUCUUAAGUUAUUGAAUGUAAUCUGAAAGAUUUAGAUCUUUAGAUUAGAGACAUAAAAUUAAAAAUUCAUUAUGAAGAGGACACAUUAUUUGCAUUAAAUAAACAAAUACAUUAAAAUUUUAGAAGGGGUUUGGCUUAUGUAAACUAUGGGUAAGGGUGGAAAUUAUUAAGAAAAGGGUAAAAAAAGUUCUUUGAUUUAUACUUUGAAGAUAUUUAAGGAAAAGGUGGUGAUUUUUGUAACAAGAUUAAUUAUUACAAUAUUGGCAGAGCUUAAGAGUUAGCUUCGCAAAAUAAAUAAUUAAAAAUCUAUGUUUCAGAAAAAGCAAAUGGAGAAAAUUGUUAGAUCUCAUAUUGCAAGGAUAUCGAUGGUUGGAGCAUCUCAUCAAAGAACAAAACUCUUGUAAUUAGAAAUGAAAAUGAUCUGGAGGCUUAAUGUUAUUAGAAGUAUUCAUAUCAAGUGGCAUUAAUGAUUGCAAAAUAAUGGUUCAAAGAUUUAAAAUAGUUAAAUUAACCAAUAGAAGGAUUAAAAAAUAUAUUGUAGGAUCAUACAUUUAUUGGGGAAUUUUGUGGCCAUUCUUAACUUUAACACUUAAUCAGAUAUGAUGAAGUCUAAAUUAGAUUUUUCUCUAUUGUGAAAAAAAAUGGAAUUGAAACAUGUUUAUCACCUAAGUUUUCGUAGUAAAUCUUUGAUAAUUUUCAAUUAAAGACAGUAAAAUUUAGAGAAAUCGUUGCUAAUGGAAUUGAGGAAUUAAAAAUGAAAAUGCUUCAAUUGUCAAACGAAAUAUCUUAAAUGAGUUUAAAGGAGAUGGGGGAAGGAUCAGUAUUAUAUUUUUGCAACGCAGAGAAUGAUGAAUGUUUAUCCUUAGCAAAAUUAAAAACAAUUGAAUGUAUUUAUUAUCUUAAUAAAAAGAUCGAAUUAUUAGAAAAAUAAGAGAAAAAUUGAAGUCGUUGGUUUAUAAGAAAAUUGACAAUAAGGCUUGUUUGAAAAAGUUUAUCUCUGAGUGCUAAAAGUUUCCUUACUUCAAUGAUCCAGAAUUCUAAUAAGCCUAUUACAUAGAAUUAUGCACUAAAUUGUUGAGUUUUGGUUAAUUGUAAUUAUUUAAUCAUAUUGUAGUUUAAUCAAAGAAUUAAAGGAUGAAAAGAUUUACAAAAAUGUAUUCAAUAAAAUUAAAUAAAGCUUUUUGGAUUUUCUAGAUCUGAUUAAAUAAAAUGCUCCUUUUGAUGUUAUACUCAAUCAUUUUGUAAACCUGAAAUAAUUCGAUGUUGAAGAACUUCAAGAAAUUGAUAAUGAUGACGAUGAUUUAGAAUGAUGUUUAUGUGAUGC